UCUAUUUGGCCGCCGCAUAUUGAUAGUAAUGAUCAUUUAAAGUAUUAAUUGUCAAACAACUUUUGACCUAUUUGACCAAACGCUCAAUAACAAUUUGCGUGAAGAGAGUCGUGCGAAGAUGGGAGGCAAAGAGAAUUUUGAUGAUUUAGGCAACGAAGACCGUGAUUCUCAACCUGAAACUAUUACUAUCGUAAACAGCGUCUUGAAUGCUCCAUUUAUACUGAUAUCCAUUAUUAGUAACACUUUGAUACUAGCCGCUAUAUUGAGAACGCCUUCCCUUCGUUCACCAUCAACAAUUUUGCUGUGCAGCUUGGCUGUGUCAGAUAUUUUCGUUGGACUUGUCGUGCAACCGCUUAACAUUGCUUAUCGGCUUACAGAAAAGGGGUCCCUAGAGCUGCCAGGAAAGACAGUUACGUUUCUCGCAUUGGGAGUUUCACUUUCGACAAUGACUGCCAUUAGCUUGGAUCGAUUCUUAGCUCUUCAUUUUCACAUGAGAUAUCCUAAUAUAAUGACGACACAACGCGCGUUAUAUAUAUCGGCAGCUCUUUGGUUCUUUAUCUUCCUUUCAUCGUGGCUAUCCUUUUGGAAUAAGAAUGCUUAUUCCUUGUUAAUAGCUUGUAAUAUCGCUAUUUGUCUUUUUCUCUCCACUUUUUGUUACAUCAGAAUCUACAGGAUUGUUAGACACCACCAGUUACAAAUUCACAAUCAACAACAGGCUUUGGAAAUAAACUCCGAAGAUAAUCAGAACAUGCUCCGAUCAACAAAAAGUGCCAAAAGCACUUUUAUAUAUUACGUUCUGAUGCUUCUGUGUUAUACCCCGUUGUUUAUUGGAUUUUCAGUUUCACUUGUUUCUCCUGAUCACUUUUCAAAAGCGUGGACCUUCGUUGAAACAGUAGCAUUUAUGAACUCGUCCAUCAAUCCAUUUUUGUAUUGCUGGCGUCUGCGCGAACUUCGAACGGCAGUUGUAAAGACAGCAAGGCAGAUGUUUUGCACACAAAUGGAAGAAAGCUAG